UAAUCCAGCUGUCAGUGGAACUGGGCUGGUAGAUUGCACUCUGCUUUCUCUUAUCAUCGCCUUCAUCGUUUGUUGUGCCAACAACUUCCACCUGUGAUGAACUUUGUUCUGACCUCAUUUAAAACGAGUCAAGAAGUGUGACAAAGCAACAUGUGCUUGGCCGUGGAUCUCAGGAGCUGAACUGUGUGGGAAAACUUCACCUUCGGUUGUGUUUGGUAGUUUAUAUAUGAUUUUGACUGACUCAUUUAGGCCUCUUCGCUCCUAUUCGUCUCAGACUCGGCUGAUUCUGAAGAGCAGUAAUGAGUGAAGUGCACUGAGGGAAAAACCUCAGCUGUAGUGAAGUUGUUAGUUGCUCCGUCGCGUGAGGCAAUGAUGUCAGCUCGCGCGUGGGAUCGCGCGUGGCCGAUGCUAAUGCUAAUAGCGCUGGCGCGGCGGGCUGAGGCCGGGCCCGAGGCGGAGGGCUGCCUGGCCGCGGGACUCUGCUGCAGCGGCCGGGAGAGCUCCUGCCUCAGCCGCGGCUGGAGGACGGACCGCGCUCACGGGGAGUGUUACUGCGACCAGGCGUGCAGGACUCUGCUGGACUGUUGCUACGACUACGACCAGGCGUGUCCAGCUGUACCUUGUGUGGUCAGUGAGUGGAGUGUGUGGUCAGGCUGCUCGGAGCCCUGCAAGGCAACAGUGCGUGUGCGGCAAAGACGGGUGCUGCAGGAGCCUCAGAAUGGAGGAAAGCCAUGUCCUCCUCUCCAGCAGACAGCUGGGUGCGCGGAGUAUCAUGACCAGCAUGGACAUUGCCUCCAGUCUCUGGUCCCUGCACUCAUAACCACUGGUGGCUAUGGCAACGCUCGCAAGAAGAGGGAGGUCUCUGACAGGAACGAUGUCAUAGGCUACUGUGUGGAGUUUGAGCUCACCUCACUAACCUCAGCUUGCCAGCACAACAUCGGCCCUCACACCCAGUGGAUGCAGUAUCUGCGAGAGGGACACCAGGUGUGUGUGGAGUGCCAGCCUCCAGCCCUAGCAGCUGGCCAGAAGCACUGCUCUGGAGAUGGAGAGGAUGUUGAGCAGGACAGAAGAGUGUCUCUGCAGUGGCAGGCCGUGGGGAACCCUCGAUGCAGAGGGGUUUGGAGGCGCGUUCGCCGUCGAGAUUCCUGCUCUUGUCCCACUAUACAUAGCUUUCUGUUCAUCUAACAUACACAUACGGACAUUCAAUACCAUGUUCUGCUUUAUGCUGGAGCUUGUGAUCAUCCAGGUAAAGUUCAUAUAUGAAUGUGUCUCAGGAGUUUGUCUACCCUGUUUGUUGAGCAUACAGCACAUACAGAUAUACCCUUAUGAAAAAGGGUUGUAAUACUAAAGGAAUUUCUGUUGGACUAGUAUAGGAAUCAUGACAAUUGGGCCAAGUAUUAUAUUUUACUACAGGGUACUACACAAGUGUUAUAGUUAACUAUAAGACAGCAGUACAGGAAUAUAUUAUACAGAGUUUAAGUAUCAGACAUUAUUAUGGAAGUGUUAUACAGCACAACUUGAAAUCAUAUAUUUUCCUGACGUAUGACUGUAGCUGUUUAUAAAGGUAGGAAUAAACAAUCAACAAGGAA